AUGGCGGACAACCUGAGCGCUGCGGCCGCGGCGCCGGAGGCGGCCGCGAGGGGACACAACGUGCCGGCCCUGCUGUUCGGGGUGCUGCUGAUCGUAGUGAUCAUCUGCGGGAACAUGUUAGUGUGUCUGAGCGUGUUCACCGAGAAGGCACUGAAGACCACCACCAACUACUUCAUCGUAAGUCUGGCGGUGGCGGAUCUGAUGCUGGCUGUGCUCGUGCUGCCGCUCUUCGUCUACUCCGAGUUCCAGGACGGCAUGUGGACACUCAACACCACCAUCUGUGACUGUUUGAUGACCAUGGACGUGAUGCUGUGCACCGCGUCCAUCUUCAACCUCUGCGCCAUCAGCAUCGACAGGUUCAUCGCCGUGUUAAUCCCUCUCAACUACAACAGGAAACACGUGGACCUGCGCCAGACAGUGCUACUGUCAGCCACCUGGCUCCUGGCCAUGGCCGUAGCCUCACCCGUCAUGUUCAUCAAUAAUGUGCCAGGCCGCGACCCCAGCGAGUGUAAACUAGAGAAUGACGACUACGUCCUGUACUCGUCCGUUUGCUCCUUCUUCAUCCCCUGUCCUAUCAUGCUGCUGCUGUAUUGUGGCAUGUUCCGUGGCCUGCGGCGCUGGGAGGAGGCGCGUAAAGCUAAGCUGAAGAACAGCAUCCAGGCCUGUCGCAAGCUGCAGGAGGCCGCCGCUGCGCUGCCACCACUGGCCUCACUGCCACCGCCGCUGCCGCCCAUCAUAGAGAGGGAGCUGAUCGAUAAUGAUGAGCCAUCCACCUUGCCAUCCCCAGACCGGCCCUUCCACUCGCCAGAGUACAAAGACGGCCCUGUACGGACGGUCAGCUUCGCAGAGAUCAAGUUCGAUCCUCAUAGGAGGAAGACAGCCAAGAUCAACAGCCGGGAGAGGAAGGCCAUGAAGGUGCUUCCUGUCGUUGUGGGUGCCUUCCUGUUCUGCUGGACUCCCUUCUUUGUCCUUCACACGAUGCGAGCUCGCUGUCAGGACUGCCAUAUCCCACCAGCGCUGAUGAGCGUGGUGACGUGGCUCGGCUACGUCAACAGUGCGCUCAACCCCGUCAUCUACACCGUCUUCAACACAGAGUUCAGGAAUUUCUUCAAAAAGUUCCUGCACCGCCUCUGCUCCAAGAACGCCGGAUGAGGAUGCCACUGCUGCUGCUGCUUGGAUGAUUUUUUAAAUGCGAAGAGCUGCAAGAGAUGCUACUGACUGUUCAUUUACUGCCUGUAGUCUUUGUAUGUUGCCAUCGUUUCUUUCCACUGUGAGGUUUUUAUUUUUCUACAUGUGACGACAGCAAAGUCUGUUUGAGCUUCAUGUUUCCAGUGAAGAAGCUUCAGUCUGAGGAACAAACUGUUGAGAGGAUCAGCAACACAUCUACAUCACACAACCGACAAGAACUGAUUUUAUAUGUUGAAAGUC